UCCCUCCCGCGGGGGCUGCGGGGCCGCGGGGGGAUGCCCGACGCUGCCCGGGGUCCCGCAGGGCCGCGGCGCCGGGGCUGUCAGCGGCAAGCGGCAGCCCCCGCUGGCUUCAGCGGCAGCGCUCCGGGCAGCUGCUCGGCCGCGGCUUUCGCAGGGCGGCCCGUUAGCUCCGGAUCGGGGGAGGCAGGGGUAUUUGUGCUGGCGGGCGGCCCCGGCGCCGGUACCGGCGGAGGACUGGAGCCUCCGGAAGCAAAGUUCUGUGACACUCCGACUCUGGGUACGAUAGCAGUCAGUGCACUACAGAACUUUGUCUCCGGCGGCGGCGGCGGCCCCGGAGCCUCAGGUGGACACGUCACUGCGGGGAUGGCGAGCCCGGGCGCUGCCGAGCGCCGAAACCUGCGCUGCAGCCUCGGAAUAAAGUCUGUGCUGUCGUGGCCUCCCGCUCUGAAGUUUUGUUGGGUGUCCUUUCUUUCUUUUCCAGGGUAA